CCCGUCGCGUGACGUGGGUUGUUGGGUUGUUGGGUUGUGGAUUGACGUCGCGAGCAUGAAGUCCACAUCGCUGUUAUCAGUGUUGGAGCGACGGGCGCUCGUGCGGCAGUGAACUCCGAGACGGAAUACCGUGAUAUAAAAUACAAAUAUUUGGCGAGCUUUCAUUCCAUUCUUGUCUUCUAAUCAAGGAUUUUACAUUUCAAGAGUCAUUUGGAAAGUGUGAGAAGGCAGCCCUUCACCAUGAUCCACAUAUAAAACGCACUGCAUUCCUAAGACUUCCUCUGUGUAUAUUCCUGUCACUGAAGACCACUUACGAUAUCCACAAACAACAUUAUGGCAACAACUGAGAAUAACCGUCUGGGUCCCCCCAAGGACCAGACACUACUCAAAGUCCCAUUAAAGAGGCUGAUGCGAGGUAAUGGCACAGACACCACCACGCCUAUCAAGAAACGUGUGAUGGCUGCUCUCAAUCUCUCCUGCAAAAAAAUUCCAGAUACCUCUCUCGGCUCCGAUGGUGCAGGUGGAUAUCAGGUCUCCAAGGCAACAAACGAUAUAGAGGCCACUCCAGAUCUGAGCCCUGGUUUGAAGCACACCCUAGCGCAGUUCUCUCUGAGUAGCCAGUGUUCUCUUGGUGGCCCGGCUGCGUUUACUGGUCACCACGGUCAGUAUAAAAUGGCGCCCCCUCUGGCUGAAGGAUGUGUGGCAGGAGGGCCCCUUCUUGUGCCUCCUGACAGCUCCACGGACCUUGGACUCUGCUGUCUGGAGGGUGAGUCGAUCUCUUGCUUCUCGGUGGGAGGUGAACUGCGUCUUUGUCUACCCCAGCUGUUGAACACCGUUCUGCGGGACUUCUCCUUACAACAGAUCAAUCACGUGUGCGAUCAGCUGUAUUUGUACUGUUCCCGCUGUGACGCCACACAGCUCCAUGUCCUCAAAGUUAUGGGUGUCCUUCCACCGGGGACUCCAUCCUGCGGCCUCAUCACGCUAACGGAUGCCCAGCGCCUCUGCAACACAUUACUCCAUCCAGGUGAGGGAUUCUGUCGGGACUCGCACAGAGGUCACAGUCCUGGGGAGGAGGAAGAAAAAAAGAGUGAGGAAUCUGGAGGAUUUUGGGUGGAACACCAAUGUCUGGGGAAGUCUCAAGGUCUGUUUGUACCCCAGCUUUAUACCAGCCAGGAUGCGCCUUGCAUCCGCUGUUCCCUGUGCCGGAAACUGUUUUGCCCGGAGCGGUUUGUCAUGCACUCUCACCGACAGCCCGACAAACGUACGUGUCACUGGGGCUUCGACUCGGCCAAGUGGGCCUGCUACCUGCAGCUCGCACAGAGACACCUGGGAACGGCGGAUGAAGAGAAGCUGCAGAGAUCUCUGAAGGACAUGAAGGCAAAGUUCCAGCUGGAAAAAAGACAGCCACAUCUGGGAGUAUCUUCACCUGCUUUUGUGUUCGAUUCACGGUUGCUUGCCAGUCUUAAGGAAGACCCAAGUCAAGCCGAUUUGAUGUGGCAAAGCUGGUACCAGUACGUGCCUGACAAACUGGAAGGGAACAGCUUAGCAGUUGGGUGUGUGUCUGAAAAGGAAAUGUGGACUUCAGCAGAUGAGACAGUUGGAGAUCCAGCCAAACAUGAAGACACUCAGGGUGAUGUUAGUCAGGAUGGAGACAACGAUGACCCAAAGACACCCUCCUUUUCAGGGCAGGAAAAAACAAGUCACACACCUGGCCAAACAGAUGAUGGCAGUCCAGAUGAAUGGCAAAAACCAACUUGUAAGUGGUCUACUGGUGUAAAUGUAGAACACAGUGAAGACGGCAUGGUAAUGGAACUGCGUCAGAUGUACAGCGCUCAGCAUGAGAAACUUCAGUCGACCCUAUGCAGACAAAAACAGCUUGAAAAGGAGCUACAGAUUCUGCGUCGGGGUGAAGCCGUAGACCACCGUGACUUGCACGGGGAACUGGAAGCUGUUCAGAGCGAGCACACUCAGAGGCUGGGCGAGGUCCAGCAGGAACAGAAAAAGCUAAAAUCUAGACUGGACCAGUUAAGGCAGCAAGGCUGCAGGUGCAAAGACUCAGUUACUGAAUCAAACCAGGAAAGCAUCUAUGCCAAACAGUUAUCAGAGCUCCGUCGCAGGCUUGACCGUGCCGAGGAGGACCGCGAGGAGCUGCAGGAGGAGCUACGUAGGGAGAGAGAGGCCAGAGAAAAGCUGGAGCGUACCAUCUCUGAACUCAAACAACAAUUGAAGGAGUCUGUCCCCCCGGCUUCAAUGGACAGUCCCAUGUCUUUAGCCUCUAGCGACUUGCAUAUGUCACCGACGCCUUAGCGCAAAAUAUGGAUCAACCACCGGUUUGACUUUUUUCGAAAUCAGGAUUUUUCAAUAUUCUUAAAAUCCAUAAUCAAGAGACUUUUUCCCAAAUUCAAAAUAUGGGCCAGCCUUAGUAAUUUUGGGUUUAUUCUGUGAAUUUGUUGUGGGAAAAGAUAAUAGUUACUAUCAGGUUGAACUGAUCAUUCUGGGACAUGUGAAUUUGGAUAAACAUUAUGCAAGCAUCUAACCCUGCAAGCAUACAAUCAACGCCAUCCAUUCACGGUUUUCAGUGCUAGCACUACUGAUAGGAAAAGAGGAUCCGUUUAAAAAUGCAUCACAAGUGAUAUAUUGUUUAUAAAGCUAUUUAUUGUUUAUGGAUAAAUGUUAUGUGAAAAUUCAUGUCAAAUUAUACAUAUUUAACAUUCUUUUUGUCUUAUAAGUUUAUAUUUUUAUGCAAGCUAUGCUUAGUAUGAAUGUACAAUAUAUAAAUGCAUGUGUACUUAUAUGGAUACAUAUAACUGUUUACACUGUGGUAUGAAUUUAAAAGCUCAGAUACUGUAUAUAGCAAAAAAGCCAUUUCCAGUAAAUGUUUCACCUCCUUUAAUGAGCACCAAAUUUUAAAUACUUUUAACAAGUAAAAACAAGUUGAGAUUUUAUAAAGUGUAGUAGAGGUUGCAACAUAAUUUACAAGUAUAGGAAAUGAUCUUAUCCUUGUACUUUACAUUUUGAUAAACGUCUAGACAAACAACAUUUAUCUGUACUUUGCUCCAAGCAAGAUAUGGUAUUCUGCGUGAGAAAGAAAAUGACUUAUGCUUGCUGUAGCUGACAAUCAAUCUGUAAUCGUUUUCAUAUAAAAAACUGAAAAUAAGCUUAUUUUAUUAGUUGCUACCUCAAAUGGAAAGAUAUACUGUAUAUAAUCUAAAACAAUACAGAUUGUGUAUUCACAGUUUAGUUGUUAUGUACAGAAGUGGAUGGAGAAAUCAGGUGUAUGACUGAUCAAUACCUCUGUGCUGCUGCUAUGACUUUCCGUAUAUGGUUUUCCUUCUCUUGUUUCUUUUUCCAGAUGACUUAAAAUGCAUGUGAGACUGCAGAAUUCUUAUAAAUACAUAAAAUACAUAUAUAUUCUAAGUAUUAUUUCUAAACCUUCAAACAUUAUUUUACAUUAAUACGGUCACAAACAAAAUGCUUUUAAAUAUAUAUAUUUACCAGUGCCAUCUUUUAUGUGUGUUGUAUGACAUUGUCCUACCUCCUUGUGAUCAAAACACUUUGUAUCACCCAUCAAGUUUUGAAUGUCAUGGGAAAUUAUAUACUUAUGUUCCACUGGAGAUAAAUAAUAAAAAUGAUCAUAUA